AUGUGCGAGUGUUUGUCUGUGUUCAAACGAGUGCACUACGAGACCACCGGCCCUGAGAUCUGGAAGGCCACCGACGGCAAGGUUGACUUCCUGGUCAGCGGCGUGGGCACCGGCGGCACCAUCACGGGUGCUGGCAGGUACCUCAAGGAACAGAACCCCAACGUCAAGCUGGUGGCCGUUGAGCCGUCGGAGUCCCCCGUCCUGAGCGGCGGCAACCCGGGCCCCCACAAGAUCCAGGGCAUCGGCGCCGGCUUCGUGCCCGGGGUGCUGGACACCGGCCUCAUCGACGAGGUCAUCCAGGUGUCGAGUGACGACGCCGUGGCCAUGGCGCGCCGCCUGGCCACCGAGGAGGGCCUGCUCACCGGCAUCAGCAGCGGCGCCGCCACCGUCGCCGCCAUCAAGGUCGCGUCCCGCCCCGAGAACAAGGAUAAGCUCAUCGCCGUGGUGCUGCCCAGCUUCGGCGAGCGCUACCUGUCGAGCGUCCUCUUCCAGUCCAUCCGCGAGGAGGCCGAGAAGAUGACCUUCGAGGUCUGA